AUGAAUGCCGAUCACGUUGACUUCGAUGACAAUGAUGACGACGAUGCUGGUAUAUUCAGCAUCGCCAACGACUGCCACAGCAAGGACGACGAAGCCCUCACUGGUGAAGACAACGUUCUUUCAGCAGUGCACAAGAAGAGCAGCACUGCUGCUAUCAAGGACGAAUCAGCAGAGGAAUAUCUGCUGACUCGCGAAGCGGUUGUCCUCUUUGUUCAAGUCUGUUGCAGAUGCAAAAGCUAA